ACAUGCAGCAUUCACCGAAAUUGCAUCGCACGACAUCUGGUGGGCACUGCAAGGCGUCCACUGGGUCGACCUCUGGCCACGAGACGCGACGGACAAUGCAUGGAAGAGGAAUUUUGUCAGUACAUCAUUCAUCUUGCCCUCCCUAAAAAAAAAGCAAAGAAAUGCUUACUUGCUGGAUGUAUGUUUGUACAGCUCUCCUACGGACUCACCUACCUCCGCCGCGUCGUCGAGGCCAAGACGUACGACGAGCGGUAUCAACUCCUCACUCCGAAGCUGGGGUUUCAGCAGGUGUUUCUCCAAAAGUGGCUUCAGUGGGAGGAGGAGUCUGAACAGAGUAAUCAUGGCGAUGGUGAUGGUGGUGAUUAUUAUAACCACCUCCUAAGCUCAGACCCCGAUCCAGGCCCCGAACUUGCCUUUGCCCAAUUGCAAUUCCAUCAGGGGAGUUAUGAUAAUGAUACUCCGAGUCAGAAUCAGAAUCAGAGUCAGAAUCAGAGUCCUGACUCAAAACGACACCAGAUUAUGCCAAUGACAACAGCAGCAGGAGCAGCAGGAACCCCCUCCCUCCGCACGGCCCGUCUAGCAGGGUACGUAAUGUGGGAUCGCGCAAGAAUCCUCAACAACCCCAGUAACAACUUCAACCUCAACUUCGACUUCUACUCCGCAGAGACAGCAGCACCACAGCAACGACAGCUAACACCCACAGAAUGGCUUCACCACCAGGACGCACGCCACUCGCUGUUCCGCCGUCGCGAGCUCUUCCUCCGCGGUGCAAGGGGGUGGUGGAGUAAGGAUGAUGAGAGUAGGUUGGAGUGGACGGGGGUGGAUUAUUAUAAUUUAGAUGAAAUAUGA